CUCACCUGUCUGUCUCUGACCUGUUUGUCUCUCACCUGUCUGUCUCUGAUCUACCUGUCUGUCUCUGAUCUACCUGUCUCUCAGCCGACUCCAGUCUGCAGGCCACCCUCCACCAGUCUGUCUUCCUGUCGGCCAUGUCUGCGCAGCCCGGCCGGGACCUGUCUCUCUGCUGGGAGCAGCACCGCAAACUGCUGCCGGGCGCCGCUGGCGUUACCGCGGAGACGGUUAGACACUGGAGCAUCCAGCAGGUGUGUGACUUCGUCCAGUCUCUACCCGGCUGUGAGGAUCAGGCCCAACAGUUCAGAAACGAGCACAUCGAUGGGCGGGCCUUCCUCCUGCUCACCCAGCGGGACAUCGUCCGAAUCAUGGCCAUCAAACUUGGCCCCGCCCUCAAAAUAUACAACUGCAUCCUGAUGUUCAAACACUCUGAGGACCAAUCACCCGCUGAGGAAAGGAGCCAAUCAGACGCUGCAGACCAAUCACGCGCAGAGGACCAAUCAGACCGUGCGGACCAAUCACACCGUGCGGACCAAUCACACGCUGAGGACCAAUCACAAGCUGAAGACCAAUCACACGUUGAGGAAAGCCAAUCACACGUCUCUACAUUGUGGGAGGGGCUUAAUUUUCCACCCAAUUAUCAAUCCGAUUUAGAUUUGUGAUGUACGAUCUCAGGAGUUCGUCCGAUCUGCACACA